GCUUUUUCAGGAGAGGCUUUAUUACUGCCACUUUUAGUUAGUUUGGUGCACAUCCGGACGAUAGGGAGCCAAUUAUGAUGUUCAACACAGGAGGGCCAAGCACAGGAAGUAGCUCUUUCAGUAGUUUAGUUGCAAUAGGGUCCAGUUGGCAGUUCUGUCCUAGCAGUUCUGUGCAGACUCGUGACAACAAAGUUUUGCAGAAAUACGCAUAUUAAAAGAGAGUCCAUAAGCUCUUUUCUAAUCAUCAUGAUCAAAUCACUGCUAGGCCAUCCUCCCUUGGGGAAUGCUGCUUUGCGACAGUAUCAAAAUACAUUUUGGAUUGUUUUUAUUCUGAGCAAUAAGACUGGAAAAGAAAGAUGACCGAACAGCUUUUUACCAGCUAGUUGGAAGACCUCCAGGUUGGUGGAGCGUCGGUUCAUUUUCUGGAGGCUUCAGGGCUCUGGUAUUAUCUCUAUUAUACAAGGGUAUCAGUUUGUUCAGGUGUAUAACCUCCUAACCAGCUGUGUGUUGUUGUUCCAGGUGUAUAACCUCCUAACCAGCUGUGUGUUGAUGUUCCAGGUGUAUAACCUCCUAACCAGCUGUGUGUUGUUGUUCCAGGUGUAUAACCUCCUAACCAGCUGUGUGUUGAUGUUCCAGGUGUAUAACCUCCUAACCAGCUGUGUGUUGUUGUUCCAGGUGUAUAACCUCCUAACCAGCUGUGUGUUGUUGUUGUCCCAGGUGUAUAACCUCCUAACCAGCUGUGUAUUGUUGUUGUCCCAGGUGUAUAACCUCCUAACCAGCUGUGUGUUGUUGUUGUCCCAGGUGUAUAACCUCCUAACCAGCUGUGUGUUGUUGUUCCAGGUGUAUAACCUCCUAACCAGCUGUGUGUUGUUGUUCCAGGUGUAUAACCUCCUAACCAGCUGUGUGUUGUUGUCCCAGGUGUAUAACCUCCUAACCAGCUGUGUGUUGUUGUUCCAGGUGUAUAACCUCCUAACCAGCUGUGUGUUGUUGUUCCAGGUGUAUAACCUCCUAACCAGCUGUGUGUUGUUGUUGUUCCAGGUGUAUAACCUCCUAACCAGCUGUGUGUUGUUGUUGUUCCAGGUGUAUAACCUCCUAACCAGCUGUGUGUUGUUGUUCCAGGUGUAUAACCUCCUAACCAGCUGUGUGUUGUUGUUCCAGGUGUAUAACCUCCUAACCAGCUGUGUGUUGUUGUUCCAGGUGUAUAACCUCCUAACCAGCUGUGUGUUGUUGUUGUUCCAGGUGUAUAACCUCCUAACCAGCUGUAUGUUGUUGUUCCAGGUGUAUAACCUCCUAACCAGCUGUGUGUUGUUGUCCCAGGUGUAUAACCUCCUAACCAGCUGUGUGUUGUUGUUCCAGGUGUAUAACCUCCUAAUCAGCUGUGUGUUGUUGUUCCAGGUGUAUAACCUCCUAACCAGCUGUGUGUUGAUGUUCCAGGUGUAUAACCUCCUAACCAGCUGUGUGUUGUUGUUCCAGGUGUAUAACCUCCUAACCAGCUGUGUGUUGUUGUUCCAGGUGUAUAACCUCCUAACCAGCUGUGUGUUGUUGUUCCAGGUGUAUAACCUCCUAACCAGCUGUGUAUUGUUGUUCCAGGUGUAUAACCUCCUAACCAGCUGUGUGUUGUUGUUCCAGGUGUAUAACCUCCUAACCAGCUGUGUGUUGUUGUUCCAGGUGUAUAACCUCCUAACCAGCUGUGUGUUGAUGUUCCAGGUGUAUAACCUCCUAACCAGCUGUGUGUUGUUGUUGUUCCAGGUGUAUAACCUCCUAACCAGCUGUGUGUUGUUGUUCCAGGUGUAUAACCUCCUAACCAGCUGUGUGUUGUUGUUCCAGGUGUAUAACCUCCUAACCAGCUGUGUGUUGUUGUUGUUCCAGGUGUAUAACCUCCUAACCAGCUGUGUGUUGUUGUUCCAGGUGUAUAACCUCCUAACCAGCUGUGUGUUGUUGUCCCAGGUGUAUAACCUCCUAACCAGCUGUGUGUUGUUGUUCCAGGUGUAUAACCUCCUAACCAGCUGUGUGUUGUUGUUCCAGGUGUAUAACCUCCUAACCAGCUGUGUGUUGUUGUCCCAGGUGUAUAACCUCCUAACCAGCUGUGUGUUGUUGUUCCAGGUGUAUAACCUCCUAACCAGCUGUGUGUUGUUGUUCCAGGUGUAUAACCUCCUAACCAGCUGUGUGUUGUUGUUCCAGGUGUAUAACCUCCUAACCAGCUGUGUGUUGUUGUUCCAGGUGUAUAACCUCCUAACCAGCUCAGUAACUGUGAAGAUCAAUGGCAAAGAGAACCAUUAUAACCCAGGACAGACCUUCAUGGUCCCAUGUGGCCAUGCCUACAGCCUCCACAAUCUGACCCAGGAACCUGCUGCUCUACACUUCACCAGGAUGCUGGCAGAGAGCUCAGAGUGAGGCCUGGAGACCACAGCCAGGGGCUCAGUAAAGUACAAUAGUGACAGGUCAGAGUAGUGAAGGAUCCUUACAGACGACCACCAGGUACCUCAACUUAGGAGUGACUGAGACCAGCAGAGACAACAAGCUAGAGAGGCCCUCCUCACCCACCUCAAUGACAUUCCCAAGGACUUAACAGGAAAUGACCAGCCAGUGAUUUAAAUGGAAAAGUUAGAAAGAUUAAAAGUGUACAGAGGGCUCUGCUGUAAGUGCUUGUUAUUGUCUUAUUGUCACAGUAACAUUUGUAAAUAGCAAUACUUUUGUUUCUAUGGUUUCUUGUGCCCCCCCUACUGUGUACAUUUAUUUAAUGUGACCAAUGAAAUAACUUGUAAAGGCUUCUGGGUAUUUUUAUUGGAAUAUUCAUCUUCUGUCAACUGUUGCAAACACAUGGUAUGUAAAAAUAAAAAUAAAAAGUAAUUCAGUCCUG